AUGAGCAGCUCUCCCUACCAUGCCCCUGAUGAUUCCGACUCCGCCUUGGGUUGGCUGGCAGACCUGCAACCCCCGCGACGCUCAACUUCUCCCGCAAAAUCGUCGAUAUCAGUAGCUCUGGAAGGGGCAUCUGGAGAUGAUGAUCCCAACGAAUAUACCGACUUCGAUCCAGGCUUCUCGCUUGCUGACCUACAACCCCCGCGUCGCUCAACAUCUCCCGUUCAACCGUUGAAACCAGUAGCUUUGGAAGGAUCCUUUCGAGACAAUGAUCCCACCUCGGUGUCCGAUUCCGACUCAGACUCAGACGUUCCACUCGCAGUCUUGCGAGCCCAGUUACGCUCGGGAAAUGAUGAUCCCAAUCCUGCCUCCGAUUCCGAUUCAGAUGUUCCGCUCGCGACACGACGAGCCCAGCUACGCUCAAAUUCUCAGUUUGGAUUGCCGGUUUUGAAACCAAACGCAGAGUACGAUCGUCGGACGGAUCUGAGGCGCAGUUUAUACAAGCGCUAUCGGUGGAUGCGGAGUAUUCGCCGAAAAAGGCUUAGGAGAUUGUUCCCGGACAUCACACCGAACUCCCUGCAAGAGUAUACCGACAUACUCAAACAAGUCGAGGAAGAUUACAGCCCCAAAGCUGUGAGCGAAUAUGAUUCGGUGCUUGGUAAGACUCUGUACGGAGCAAUGGAAUGGACUGCCAAGGAGAAGGAGAUUCUUUUCGAUGCGCUUGGUCGAAAGGGGAAAGGCCGCGUCAAAGAGAUCGCAGAUGCGAUUGGAACGAAAUCGGCCCUUGAGGUCAUGGAAUAUCUCCGCAUUGCCGCUGAUUCGUUGAAAACCUACACUUUACUCCCCUCAUUCGAAAACCGGUACAGGCCCAUUACCAUGAGCGAUAUCCCUGCUGCGGCGGAGAUUAGCGAAAAAUGCUGUGCUGAGCAGGAUGUGCACGCAGAGUACUUGACUCGCAAAGGGGCAAUCGACGAUGAGCUCAUAGGCCGACAGAUAUAUUCUGGAUUCGGAAUCAUCGGUAAACUCGAAGCCCAGAAACUCGAUAAAGUCGAUUUUGAUACCCCGUUGCAAGGUAACAUCCAGCUCGCUGCCGGUCUGUUCAGACUGCCUAUGUGGAUCAAACUCUCUACGAAUCUAUUCAUGAACUUUGGCGGUGAAAGAGCGGAUGACCACUGGGAAAAUUUCUCUCAAUCGGAUCUAGAAAGACCCUCUAUAGCUGGAGAAGCCAUCAUGGAGUUUGCCGCCUUGACGAUAAGCUUUAUCCGGCGUGUCGUUCAAUCUUCAAUUUUUUGUGCUGAGGCACGAAAUCGCACCGCCACUCUCUAUAGUGGCAAGAAAGACGAGUCUCAAUUCACGGUGCGGUAUUCCGACAUGAAAACUGCGCUCGAGAUGUUGAACCUAAAACGCAAGCGCCCUGACUUCGUUGAGAUCGCGCGUGCAAACCAUGUGGCCAUUGGCGCUUGGCACCGCCCCGAUCGCGUAAUUCCAGUUAAAAUUUUCGACUAUGCCCGAUCAAAGAAGCUUGUGAACUAUAAAUUCGCCCGGUUCCACGAAAAGUUGAAGGUAUUUGAGGUGAAACCCGCCCCAGGCGCUCGGGACCGAGACGACGAUGGAGAGAGAACGGGGACUGCUGUUGACAACAUAAAAAACAAUGCGGACGAAAUCGAGGAAGAUGAUAAUCACAGCCGAGACAAGUAUCACGGAGAUGACAACGCCGUGACCAAUCCCGCAGGCGUGGACCAAUCCGCCUCAAACCUCCCAAAACCCGAGCUUCCCGAAGAGGAGUUCCUUGAAGACCAGAACGAACGAGAGGCAGAUGCUGUCGACCGCGAACAAAGCCGUCUUGAAGAACUCUUUAUGUGGUCUAUUCUUGAAAAAAGACCUCCGCGUUCUCUACGCGUCUCCACCAUCCAGCAGCCCAUUGUCAAAAAAGCGAAGUACGAAGAAAGGAAAUUUGACGGGGAGGCGAAUAACGACCGGAUUGUGCAAAUUCCGCCUUCCACUGCCUUUGAUUACAAGACUGUCGAAGGAUUUGUUGACUGGCGCGAUCGUACCCUCUACCGCAGCGAGUGGGAGCAGUAUUCCGACCUUGAAGAAUUGGCGAACGAUCUGGCCUUGAAUUCCCGCAAAAGACGCCGUGUUGAAGCCGGUGAUGAUUCUUCAACUGAGGAUAGUGUUUAUAAUUAUUAUACAAGUGAGGAAAGUCUCGAAGAUGAAGAUUUUAUUGAGGAAGAUCAUGACAAGUACUCCUCAAGGGAGCAAGGACAUUCUCGAUAUUCUUCCCCCGAUAUAGUCAUGAGUGGAGUUAUUAGCAACAACGACAGCAGAAGCCAACCCGAGCGACACCUUUCCUCUUGUGGACCAAUUCGCAAUGUGGAAGCUACGGAAGUUGUCAACAUUGACGAUGACAAUGAGGCAGAAGGCGGAGCCAUGCAAAUCUCCGGCUCUCCAGAAUCUAUUCCCAGCGACGAUGACGACAGCGAUAAUGGCAAUGGAGAACAAGACGCUGCACCAACCCUCUCGUCUGCCGAAAUUGUCAAUAUCGACGACAGUGAAAGCGGAGAUGAACAGAAAAGUGCCAGUCUGCGCUCUAAUGUGUCGAUCAGCAGCGACGAGAGUGAGGCUGGUGGCCCGGUCAAUAACAAUGGACGACCACAACCUACUUCUACCUCACCAAUCAUUGUCCUCAGUGGUGAUGAAGACGAUCGAGAUGAGGGUAGAGACACCUCUGGCUCUUUCGAGACCUCGAGGGAAACCCCACAGCCCCCAUACAAGGACCCCGACGGAGAUUCAAUGCAGCUGGAUGAGCCUUCUGCGGCACUUCCGCCUCCUAGCUUCAUUUAG